AUGGCCUCUCCGGCUGUCAAGAAAGCAAUCUCCGAAGCUGCGCUGCAGUACACAAAACCUGAGGGAAAGGUUUUCGAAUAUGGUACCGCAGGAUUUCGCAUGAAAGCUGACCUCCUCAACACUGUUGUCUUUGCUGUAGGCCUGCUGGCUGGCUUGCGCUCCAAGAAGCUUAGCGGCCAAUGGAUCGGUGUUAUGGUGACUGCGAGUCACAACCCUGCAGAGGACAAUGGAGUUAAGCUGGUUGACCCCAUGGGUGAGAUGCUCGAAGCCGAGUGGGAGACAUACGCAACCCGACUGGCCAACGCCCCGUUGGAGUCUAUUGCCGACGUUUACGAUGACCUUGUGAAGGAGAUCGAUGUCAAGGUUACCAACCAGGCCCGCGUCGUGUUUGCUCGCGACACUCGUGCCUCUGGCUCUCGUCUCGUGGGUGUGCUCAGCGCCGCCAUGACCGCAACCGAGGUCGAGUUCAUCGACUUCAAGUACAUGACCACCCCUCAGCUCCACUACGUCGUGCGUUGCAAGAACACCCUCGGAACACAAUACGCGUACGGAGAGCCAUCUGAACAGGGUUACUACGAGAAGCUCGCGCAGUCUUUCAAGAAGGUCAUGCGGGGAGUUAAAAUCCAGGGAUCCUUGACUGUCGAUUGCGCCAACGGUGUCGGUGGCCCUAAGCUGCGAGAGCUGAUCAAGUACCUGGACUCCAGCAUUGAUAUUAAGGUGAUCAACGAUGACGUGAUCAAUCCCGACAGCCUGAACUUUGAUUGCGGUGCCGACUAUGUCAAGACAAAGCAGCGUGCCCCUCCUUCCUCCAAGGCUGCUGCCCUUGACCGAUGCGCCUCUCUGGACGGUGACGCUGACCGUUUGGUUUACUACUUCCUUGACGAGAGCAACGUCUUCCGUUUGUUGGAUGGUGACCGCAUCGCUACCCUCGCCGCUUCUUUCAUCGGCUACCUUGCCCAACAUGCUGGUAUUGCCUCGAAGCUGAAGAUCGGUGUUGUCCAGACAGCCUACGCCAACGGCGCAUCCACUGACUACAUUGAGAAGGUGCUGAAGCUUCCUAUCAUCUGCACAAACACCGGUGUCAAGCAUCUCCACCACGCCGCUCUCCGAUUCGACGUCGGAGUCUACUUCGAGGCUAACGGUCACGGCACCGUCACCUUCUCUGAGAAUGCGAUGAAGGUUAUCAACAACACUGAGCCCCAAUCCCCCGCCCAGAAGAACGCUUUGGAAUCUCUCCGCGCCCUCACCGACCUGAUCAACCAGGCUGUCGGUGACGCUCUCUCCGACAUGCUGCUUGUGGAGGCUAUCCUCGCUCACAAGGGCUGGAGCCCCAAGGAGUGGCUGGGAACCUACACCGACCUGCCCUCUCGCCUUGUCCGUGUCGAGGUCAACGACCGCUCGAUCUUCAAGGCUUACGACGCUGAGCGCAAGCUUGAGUCCCCCGCCGGCCUUCAAACCAAGAUCGAGUCGCUUCAGUCCCGCUACAACAAGGGCCGCAGCUUUGCCCGUGCUAGCGGUACCGAAGAUGCCGUCCGUGUCUACGCCGAAGCUGCUAGCCGGUCCGAGGCGGAUGACCUUGCUACUCGCGUCGCCAAUGCCGUGCGCGAGGCGGGUACCACCGAUGGCCAGCAGUGA